AUGAUGAUGGUGUCUGCUCUGUGUCCGUGGCGGAGUGUCUUCUUGUUUCUGUUGUUGUGCUUGUGCUUGGGAGCGACCCAAGCAGCCAUUGAUCAUGUUUCGGUAAGUCAAGAUGGCAAGCACGUUGUGACCGUGGCCAAUGGCGAGCUCUUUUACAUGUCUGGGACCAACGUUCACGACGAAGGGGCGUGGCACCGUUAUGGCAAACCACCGCACGACUUGGGUGGCCCCACACGUGUCGUACAAGCUAGCGUCGGUAACAACGGGUGGAUGUGGGUCAUUGUCAAGAGUUGGCGCUAUUUUACGUUCGCCGUCAAUCCAACCACGCACGAGUGGGUCCAGAUGGCGACUCCCGAGUUUCAAGAAAUCCACACCACGGCCACUGGAUACACUUUUGGAAUCCGGGCUUCCGAUGGAGUGAUUAUGAAUCGAAACAAUGUCAAUGCCAAUGACAUCUCCACGUGGCAUGAAUACGCCUCCCUCACCGAAACUGGCUUUGCCAAGUCGCUUGCAUUGGGCCCGAGUGGUCCAUCGGCAGUCAAGGCCAAUGGGCAGCUCUUUCAAUUCGGUGGCCAAUGGUGGGCGUCGGGAAUCCAUGGAUGCCAAUCCCUUAGUAGGUACGUGGUGGGUGGUGUCGAAAAAGCCUUUUGGAUUCGGGCCAGUGACCAGACGCUGGUCCAUGAAGCCGACAUGUGGCAAACAUGGACGGCAGGGAACCGCCAGUAUCCUGCCAAUGCCCCCAAAAUGAUCCAGCUCCAAGUCGCCGCCGACGGAACCACCCUGUGGGGUGUCUCGCAAGAUCAAGAGACUCUGCAGUACUGUCCUGGCUCCACAGCCACCACCACCAAUUGCAGGACCAUCCAAGGACCGGUCUUUGACCUGCAUUUGCACGUGUCGAAAAACGGCCAGCAUGUCAUGGCGACCCACAUGGGAGAGGUCUUUUACAUGAACGGAAUUGCCGCCGACGGGGCUUGGACCAAAUUGGGUGGAUAUUGCCGCAAGGCGUACGUCUCCAACUACAACUUUCAGUUUUGCAUUGCCGGAGAUCAUACUCUGUGGCAUCGCGACGGAAAGUUCCCAACCGCACAGUGGGAGCGUGUCGCCAACUUGAUGACCAUGACGGCUCUUGGACUAGGAGAAACGGGAGCCGAGCUACUCUUUGUUUCCAAGGACAACCGGAAUGUCUACAAACGCAAUGAUUGGAAUGAAGGCUAUAGCUGGUUUUCCGGACCCGCGGCGAUCCAAGUCGACUUGGACCAUCAUGCCAAUACAGGAUGUGUGAUCGACACCAACUUGGACUGGUACUGCCUCUACGCGGACGGAGCCCGCGUGAAUGGCGAUGGAAAGGCGCAUAGUUUGUCACUCCAAAAGGGAAACCACAUGCACGUGGCUUCUGCCGAACCGGGACGAAAGCUGGAACGGUUGCAGGAUUCGAAAAACAUUGCCGGGAAGCCUCCGAUUACACUGGACAAUGAUCUCAAGUUUAUUUCAGCGACGGCGGACAAUCGGUAA